AUGUGUAUUAAGAUAGGUUGUGGUUUUCAUCAUAUCAAGAAAAUGGGGAAGAGAUUUGGGAAGUGGAGAAGAAUGGUGAGAGAGAUGAGAGCCAAAUUCUACAUCAUUAGAGUUUGUGUUACUAUGCUUCUUUGUUGGGACAAGUAUUCUUAGUUAAUGUAACUACUCAUUUUUGUUGUUUUAUAAGUUAAAUACAGUUUGAUCGAUGUAUCUUAUUCUCCACUUAGAGAGCAUGUGCGACGGUUGUGCCAAA